AUGUCACCCUCGUCGCCACUCCCAGUCGCGUCUGAUGCCAUUGGCAGACGCGACUUUGCAGCCGCGGUCACGACGGAUUUUGCAUUUCUGGUGCACUCGCCAGAGACGGUCGCAAACAAAAUGCCUCCGGACGUCGACAACAAACCUCUCGCGCGCCAGAAACGCAGACGCACCUCCAAGGAGGACGAAGACGUUCUCAAGGCCGAGUACCUGAUCAACUCCAAGCCAGACAAGGCUGCGCGUCUGGAGAUCGUCCGCAAAGUCGCGCUUGGCGAGAAGGAGGUCCAGAUCUGGUUUCAGAACAAAAGACAAAACGACCGCCGCCGCUCGCGACCGCUCGAGCCUUCUUCUUCUGCGUCGCUCAUGUCGUCAUCAUCCAACAUGUCUGAUCCCGCGACCGAAGACGAGCACGCGCGCGAGGACGGGAACGCGCCGGAGCCGGGGGCAGAGAUGCCGAAGACCGACGCACCCGCGCAACCAACGACAUCUGAAGCCACAUCAGACGAAACCGUGCCGGUGCCGCACGCAAACGCGCAGACGGCAGCAGCAGUCGAAGAUACGACUCAGACAGCAACAGCACAGCCAACAGUAGAGGCCUCGACCGCCCUCCAGCCCACUGACGCCGCGCCCACAGAAAUCAGCAACUCGCAGCAAAGCGCAUCGGCGUCGCAGGGUGCGCAGCCGCGGACAUCGUGGAUCUCGAACCGUCGUAGUGCGUCGUUCGUGCGCUCUGCUGAAGACUACGCGUCAGAGACGAUCACGUUCCCAAAUGCACCUCCCACGGCCGUUGAGUCUCCUGAGGCGCCCAAGUCCAAGUCAGCGGAUACGCGUCCCCUGAAACGCGCACACUCUUUCGUGCGGAUAGCUACAAACGAAGAUGGCUUAGCACGCGUCGUCACAGAUCUCGACAAGACGCCGUCGCCGCCCCACCCAAAGACCACACCAGUCCCUUUCGCCCGUGCCGCCGCCGGUCUACGACGAAGUUAUAGCGCCGCAGGCUUGAACGACCGUCUCUUCGCUGCAGCGAGGGGAGAGCCCAGCCCCAAGAUGGCACGCAUAUCACCCAACAUCGGAAGGAGCAGAGACUCGAGAGCCUGGGAGUUCUGGUGCGACCCUGACACACGGCACAACACGAGCUUGACAGCGCGUGCAGAGCAGGAGGGCAGCGGCAGUGCGGCAGACGCGAUUGGACUACUGCGCGCGAACAGGAGGAUCUUGACUCAGAACCAGGCACGACAAAACACCCCUCUGAAGUCGAGGCAGAGCUCGCACAAGGCACCUGGCUCUUCGGGCGUGAAGAAAUCCCGCGGUUCCAUGCAACGCGCAUCGACGUUCAACGUCUUCUCAAGUGGGAAGAAGCCGAAGGACAGCGACGAGACUGAGUCAGACGACUUCCCCUCGACAGAAUCAGACAAGGAAAAUUGGGAGCCAGACAUGCCGAAGUCGGUACGAAGGCGUGGACUUGCUACCCCUGGCUCGGCCACACGACCUCGCAAGGUCCUCGGCGAGAAUACCAACAUCAUCUCACAGAGUGCGAGCCUUGGUGCCUUGCUCGCGAAAGCAAAGAAGGGAGGCAAGGCUGCCAUCGACCCAGAGCAGGACGACGAGCUGCGAACGUUCAUGAACGGCGACAGUGGCAGUGCUCGUACCAACUUGAGCUCGGCGGAAGAAGCUGGCUGCGUUGAAGGGUUGCUAGCACUCAGCCAAGGCCAGUGGAGGUGA